AUGAUCUGGACUUCUCUCUCUCUCUCUCUCUCUCUCUCUCCUUCUCCACGCCAUCUGAAUGAUCUAUCUAUCUAUCUAUCUAUCUAUCUAUCUAUCUAUCUAUCUAUCUAUAUAAUACGGAGAAAAUCCCUUUCCUCAUUUUAUUCUUCUUUUCUUCCUUUUUCCAUCCUUCCUUCAAAUUCUUUUCCGUUCGUCUUCCUUUUAGUAUUUUUAAAAAUAUUAUUAUCUAUUGUAUUUAGUUUUUCUUUCUUCCACAAAUAUCUCAUUAAAAGCAUUCAUAUUUUCAUUUACACUUUUCUUUCCCUUUUUUAUCCUUCAUCUCGUCUCUCUGGUCCAAAGUUCUUCUUGCCCUCUUCCCACUUCUUCUUUCCUUCAUCCUCUUCUUCUCCUCCUCCUCUUUCUGCUUGUCUUCCUUCUCUUCUUCUCCUCCUCCUCCUCCUCCUCCACAUUUUCUUCUUCUUCUCUUCCUUCUUCUCUUCCACCACCACCUUCUUUUUCUUCUUCAUCUUGUCUUCCUCCUUCUCCUCCAUCUUCUUCUUCUUCUUCUUGAUUUAUUUCUUCUUCUCCUCCUCCUUCUUGUCUUCCUUCUUCUUCUUCUUGUCCUCCUCCUUCUUCUCAUCCUUCUAUUCUGCCUUCUUCUUCUUCAUGUCUUCCUUCUUCUUCUUCUUCUUCUUUCUUCUUCUUCUUUCUUCUUCUUCUUCUUCUUUCUUCUUCUUUCUUCGUCUUCUUCUUCUUUCUUCUUCUUCUUCAUGUCUUUCUUCUUCUUCUUCUUCUUCUUCUUCUUCUUCUUCUUCUUCUUCUAUAUCCUUGCAAUCAUUAAGUAUUUUCUAUCAGCAAAAUUAA